AUGUCCACCGUCGACAACAUGAACUGCUUUGAGAUUCUCGGGGUUGAGGAAGGGGCGACGACAGAGGAAAUUACGGCAGCGUACAAGAAGCUGGCGUUGAAAUGGCACCCAGACCGUCGAUUGAACGACCAAGAGAAUGCCACCAAAAAGUUUGUUGAGAUCAACGACGCAUACCGCGCCUUGCUCAAUGAACGGAGGGGGAGAUCGAAGAGCACAAGUUCUUCGGAUUCCCGUAGCCGAAGCAGGUCUUCGUCCCGUACCCCAAGCAACGACUCCUGCCCAGACUUCGACAAUCGUAGCACAUCUUCCUUCACUACAUUCGAGUCUGACUCCUGCGUGGGCGAGGAUGACACUGCUCAAGAUGAAUACAUGCGAAACCCGUCUAUGAACAGGUCUACGUCCAACAUCAGUUCCAGCAGCAGCUGGACUCGCGUCGAUGAGUCGGCCUGUGGAUACGAACCCCACCCAGACGACGAGCCGCCUCUCAAAAAGUCCGCCCACGAUCUCAAGGACAAGCACUUCAAUUCCAAAUUUCGAAACCCCUUCCGACACGGAACUACCAGGCCCCCGAUUCCUGCAUGUAGCUCCACAGGAACGUGCGACACGGGUCAACAAAAGCCGGGCUACAACCCACGACGUGUCCCGACAAUCACCCCUUGCAAGCAGACUUCUUCUAAGGAGUGGAAGUACAACCUGAAGCUUACGUUGGAAGAGCUCUUUCACGGGAAGAAGUGCCGUUUCCGCCUCGACCGCUACCUACAGUCGGGCGUAAAACGGAGAAUCGUCAUCAACAUCGACGUCCCUCCUGGGUGUGCUCCCGGCACUCGAAUCGUCUGUGCUGGUGCGGGGCAUGAACACAAAGACGGCACAUUCCAAGAUAUCGUCUUCGUCGUCGACGAAGAACCGCACGAUAUGUUCUACCGCGUGGCUGACGAUUUAGUCAUGGAGGUUACUCUUCCCUGGGAUAGCAAUCUCGAGAAGGACGAAGGAACCGUUCGCUUCCGUGGCCUGGACGGCGAGAUGUUGACCAUAAAAAUAGACUACCGGAAGGAGAGGUCAUUGAAAGGCUGUAAUGUUAUCUUCGGCGCUGGUAUGACGGGCAAAGGAGAGCCCUCAAGACGAGGCGAUCUGUUUGUCAGGUGGCAGAUCGAGCCACCCUCUCUUCCGAAGUGGCAAUCAUUCAAGAAGAUCUUCCAUAGGCGAUGA